AUGACAGUUGGAAAUUUCCGNCAGCCCACUGACUCUUCGGUUCGCAACUCAUCUGCAGAUUUACAAGUAAAGCCUUGGCCAAAUAAUUCGCGUCGUCGUGAACAACCUUCAACAACAACUCGUAACGACUCGCAGCGCAAUUCCAAGCAGUUCCCUUCAGUCAAAGCACGUCCUAAUGUCGAUAAACGUCCACGCCAGCGUGGCGGUGGCGGCGGCAACAAUGUUGGUAACGGCAAUGAAGCUGGCACUAACGAAGACAGCUUUACAUGCGCGGCUGAUGAUGUUCCUGCUACCAGCGCCGGAUUAGCCACUGCAGUAGAGCCGGUGGAGACCGGUGCUUUGGUCAAAAAGAAGUUUCAGCCACAUGUUGACUACGAGCUCAAUACUGUGUACAUGCCAGGAAGCAAGAAGCAGAAUUUGAACCAUUUGCUCAACUUUCACUAUGCACCACGUAACGCCGAAAACGCUUUUAGCUAUAACGUUUUUGGUCGUAGUGGCGGUAGCGGCUCAACUGGGGCUACACAGCGCCAUGGAGGCAGUAGUGGUGCAAGCAAACGUCACCGUUACAAUAAAGAGCAGUUUUUACAAGCAAAUUUUCAAUUUGUUAUAAAAUCUGGUGUUAACCUAACUACUUUUGCGUCUCCCGAUAAUCUAAUCGAUUG